AUGGCCAAAACAGAUGUUAAGUCUGCAUUUCGCAUAAUUCCUAUUCACCCUGCUGAUUAUUCCCUGUUAGGUUUGAAGUGGGAAAACUUGUAUUAUUUUGAUAGGACUUUGCCGAUGGGAUUGAGUUCGAGCUGUGCUAUAUUUGAAGCUGUAUCGACGGCACUUGAGUGGAUUUCUAUCCACCAUCUCGGAGCUAAGUCCGUUUUACACAUUUUAGACGAUUUUCUCUUCAUUGCGCCGACCAAAGACCAAUGCACACGCGACUUGUCGAAUUUUGUUUCUUUGUGCGAAUAUAUUGGCGUUCCUCUCGCCCCCGAGAAAACAGUAGGUCCGGAUUUAGUUUUGCAGUUUGCAGGAAUAAUUUUAGACUCCGUUCGCAUGGAGGCGCGACUUCCAGACGAUAAGCUGGCUAAAUGUCGCCAGUUAUUGACUGUUUUUCUCGCUCGUAGAUUUGUUUGCUUAAAAGAGCUUCAAUCACUCAUAGGCUUACUCAAUUUCACGUGUCUCGUCGUCGUACCCGGUCGGGCGUUUUUGCGUCGCUUAAUCGAUCUUACGAAAGGCGUUCGCAAGCCCCAUCAUCAUAUUCGUCUUUCAAAAGGCGCAAAGCUGGACAUCGCAAUUUGGCUUAGAUUUUUAACAGAUUUUAAUGGCAAAUCGUUUUUUCUUGAUGACGCCUGGGAGACAUCAGACACGCUUAAACUUUAUACCGACUCAGCUGGUUCCAUCGGGUUUGGAGCUGUGUUUGGCAAUCGUUGGUUGCAUGGUCUUUGGCCGGCCUCUUGGAAGACCUACAAUAUCGCUGUAUUAGAGCUUUUUCCAAUCGUCAUUGCAAUUCACAUUUGGGGUUCAUUGAUGGUUGAUAAGUGUGUAUUGUUUUUUAGCGACAACGCCGCCGUUGUUGACAUUAUUAAUAAGCAGACAUCUAAGGACGCAUCUAUUAUGGUUCUCCUCAGGGAUUUAGUUUUAAGCUGCCUUACGCACAAUAUUCUGUUUCAAGCUCGCCAUAUUCCGGGGUUGAUCAAUUCUCGUGCCGACUAUCUUUCACGUUUCUAG